AUGUGGUGUCAUCGACGACGACGACAUGUAUCUCAAACGGCUACCGAGGCACACCCACUGGCUUCGCCAAUGGAGCAGGUCUCGGUGGAGCGCUGGCUUGAGGAUCAGACUGCCCCGGGGCUUGCCGAGCAAUACUCCCAAGACAUGUGCCCCAUCUGUCUCUCCUCGCUCACAUCACCCCCCUCCAUCCUCCCCCCUCCCGAACCAUCCCUGCCCCGCAGCCAUCGCCAUCUGUAUCCCCAUCCAUCCCCGGCCCCGCUCGACGCCGGCUCCUGCAGGCCGCUCGACGCGAGCCACGAUAGCGCGAUCCUCGUGCUGAACCGCUGCAACCAUGCCUUCCACCUGUCGUGUCUGAGUGCGUGGUUCGAGUAUCGCCGGUACCGGUGCCCAAUUUGCCAAGCUUCGUAUUCGCCUGCGGAGCAGAGGCGGGGAUAG